AUGCAGAAGUUGUUGAUAAAACUUAUGAAAUCUUUAAGCAAAUCUGAUCGUAUCAUAGUAAUAGGAAAAGCAAGAAGCCCUUGGUUAACAACCAAAAAAAAAUUAUCAAGUAUAUUCGAGACCAUUGUGUUCACCGUACCUGACACUUGUACUAUAUUUAUAUUUCUCAACGAAUUAUUAAUGAGCUAUCCAGUAGUUAGCCGAACAUUUCCAGUUACACCAUUGGCCACGAUGUUGGCCGGUUACUCAAGGCAGAUGAUAGCCGACAUUGUAGCCGAAGUAAUGACCACUGAACGGGUGCUAACACUCAGGCAACAUCCAUUGGACCCCACAGAGUUCGUGCCCAUAAUAUUAAAAUAUCCUAAGCAGAACCCUCAACAAUUUGAAGAAUACUAUAAGUGGUAUAACAAAUAUGUACCUAUAGGUGUAAGAAAAGUAUUAGAAAUGGAACCA